AAUGAUUAUGGGCCAGCGCGGAAGUGAAGCGAAGACAGCGUUGUUUCUCUCACUCAUUCACGGAUGCAUUUUGCUACGAGCGGACUCGGGCGCAGACUACACAGACUCCGCUACAGAAAUGUCAUCCCGUCGUUUCAAAGCGGAGUUUCUGCAAGAAUGGCAGGGCUCCCCGGACGCUCCAUACUUCGACCCCACCACCCCGAGAAACAUUACCGGCCUAGUUGGACACCCGGUGCGUUUGUUGUGUCGUGUGAAGAACCUGCAGAAUAGAACUGUAUCAUGGGUACGUCACCGCGACAUCCACCUAUUGACAGUGGGUCGCUACACGUACACGUCGGACCAGCGGUUCGAGGCGCAGCACAAGCCGCGCUCCGAGGAGUGGGCGCUGCGCAUCCGCAGUCCGCAGCGGCGCGACUCGGGCCAGUACGAGUGUCAGAUCUCCACCACGCCGCCUAUUGGCCACGCUGUGUACCUCAACAUUGUAGAACCCGAGACGACGAUAUCGAGUGGCGCAGAGCUGUUCAUACAGACAGGCUCGACGAUUAACCUGACGUGUACUGUGCGACACACGCCCGAGCCACCGUCAUCCAUCACAUGGACGCAUGGAGAGCAGAUAAUAAACUUCGACUCAGCAAGAGGGGGGAUCUCCUUAGUUACUGAAAAGGGUCUCAAGAGCACAAGCCGCCUCUUAGUCCAACGGGCGAGGGCUAACGACGCCGGGUUAUACACAUGUGGGCCCAAUAAUGCCCCUCCCGCCUCUACAAGGGUGCAUGUCUUAUCUGGUGAGCAUCCAGCAGCCAUGCAGCAAGGGUGCGCAACAUCGUCUUUACAGAUCUCAGUCUCUAUUAUAAGUAUGUUUCUGACGUUGUAUGUGACGAUACCCUAUUUAAAUUUUCAAUUUGUUACGUGAAGUCUUUUAUUUUAAUAAAAAUAUCUGAGUGCAAUUCAAUAGACUAAGAAAUUAAAUGUAUUUACAUCGAUUAGAGUUUAAAUGUGUAAAUAUCGAAGGUUUAUUUAGUAUAAUAUGGUUUAAUAAUGUGCAUUAUUAUUUCAGAGUUUUUGUGUAUUAUUUGUUAGAAUAAUCCGUCCUUAUUUUAAAAACAAAUUUGAAUUGUCUUUAAGAAAAACAGAGCAAAGUUUCCCCGCAAUUUGUUGAUUAUCUUGUUAAGAUAGUUUUGGAAGAAAAGACAACAAGGAUAGAAACUUGUUACAUUCUUAGUUAAGUUUUGGGGUUACUAAAGAAAAUUUUGAGCGUUGCGUGAGCUACAACGUUAUUUUAGGGAACAAAAUGUCUGUAAUGGUGAGGUUUUGAAAGACAAUAGAUAAUAAAGCAAUUAUAAAAAUACGAGUAUUCGUAACUUUUGAAAAAUUAAUAUACGUUGUUCGAAAGAAAGAUUAAUUUUAUCUCAUGGAAGAACUUUCGAGAUAAAACAUUUUAUCUCUCCUUAUAUAGAUACAAGUAAAGUACAUGAUCAAGUAAAAUAUUUUAAUUUUGUAGAAUUUAAAAUAAAUUUAAUUGUAUUAUGAUCAAAAAUUACAAUCAGUGUCAAUAACGACAAUUUUCAAUACACUUUUCUAGAACCAAGUGUUUAAAAUUUAUAAUUGACUUUGAUUCAUUUACCUUACUGAGAAUCUGUUUGGCACAAAUUGUAUAUUAUUUUAAAUUAAAUAAAUCAAGAUAGCCUUUUAUAAAUGUAAGACUACGUGAAACGAAGCGCGAUGAACGAAAACCGAUAAAUCACGAGACAAUUAAGGGGCGUCACUAAAUAAGACUUCUUCUUAUAUUGAAUUAAUUUUCUUUCUUUGAAGGUCUCCGUUUUUUUAUUGACCGCUUUGAUUAAAUUAAAUUUGAAUAUUCCAAUUUUAAUAGUAUUGUUUUAGGUGUGAUGAAGUCUCUUAUAUAAGCAAAG